AUGAAGGAGAUGCUUUGGGGGAUGAGACCUACAUAUCCAUUAUCAAUUUCGAAUAGAACUAACGAUAUAUUGCUCAUUAGUGCACUCGGCAUAACGCAUCUAUCGUAUGACGCCAUGGGACCCGAACGCAAUACCAAUAUCGAGACCAACUGUGAAGCUGAAAAGGAGAAUCCCGCAUAUUGCUCUCCCGCUCUUUCGCAGCUAUCAAGCUUGGCUAAACUAUUGGAUGAAACUGCGGUGACUGAAGACCUGGUGAUGGUAGCAGUGAGUGAGGUCAUAAACUCCCCACAAAAGCAGCCUCUUCGAAGACCAUUCAAGGAAGGCAACUCUGCUCUACAUCAUAUCAAAGAUGCUGCCAAUACCAAACUCUGCAGAAAGGCAACAACCCCUCUCGCGAAACUUGAAAAACUUAAGAGUCCCUUCUCCUCACAUCACGAAAACCAUUCUAUAAAAGAAACAACAACGGAAUCACCAUUUGUGGAAGCUACUUUUGUUGCUCUUUUGCAGUUAGCAACAGGAACAGUCAGGGUCGACAACUUAUCAGACAACAAGCAAGAACAUCAAGCUGCUCAACCCUUCUUGAACACGCCAGUCAAAGUAAUAUCAACAACACCAAAAGUGCCUGGGUCUAAAUCCAAGUCUGUAAAACCAAUAACAACAGAAACAGUAGAAACCUGGGAGCCAGACUGUCCAUCUCCCGUGCUCUUUCCCGACGCACAAACACCAAAUGCGGCAGCAGCUCCAAAUGAUCACUGGCAAGAUUUGGAUGCUGAUGACGCCGGUGAUACUAUAAUGGUCUCUGAAUAUGUCGUUGAAAUCUUUGAGCAUAUGAGACGGAUUGAGCUUCGGACGUUGGCAAUGCCGAACUAUAUAGAUUACCACGAAGAGCUGUGCUGGACACGACGCAACACCCUGAUUGAUUGGAUUGUCGAUGUACAUUGGGCUUUCCGACUCUUACCAGAAACUCUUUAUCUUACCGUCAACAUCAUUGAUCGAUUUUUGUCCGCUCGUAUUGUCUCCUUGGCCAAACUGCAAUUGGUUGGAAUCACGUCUUUAAUGAUUGCAUGUAAAUAUGAGGAGACCAUUAGUCCAAGCAUCCACAAUCUGCUCUAUAUGGUCGACAACGGAUACACUCAAGUAGAAAUAAUACAAGCUGAGAGAUACAUACUGUCUGCCCUUGAAUUUUCAGUAAAUUAUCAGAGCCCGAUGAGCUUCCUGAGAAGGGGAUCGAAGGCUGAUUCAUACGAUCCAGCAAGCCGCAUGCUCGCAAAGUAUUUGAUGGAAAUAACUAUAGUUGAUGAGAGAUUCCUUAUCUGUCCACCAUCUGAGAUCGCAGCCGCUGGAUUAUACCUUGCUCGACGUAUGCUUCAACGUGGUGAAUGGGAUGCCACCUUGAUCCAUUACUCUGGCUAUACCGAACAACAACUUGGCAACUGUGUAAAUCUCAUGGUAGACUCUUUGAGUGUGCCCACUCCUCUUGAUGCUGUCUACAGAAAAUAUACUAGCAAAAAAUUAAUGAGAGCGAGCUCUUUCGCUCGACAUUGGAUGGGAGAAACAUUCGAAGGAGUAGUAGCAUCACCAACAUCAGAGGCUGAUUUGACUCAAUAG